AACGAACAGAGGAUGAUCUUCAUCUUGAGUUGCUGGCUCUUUUGUCAUGAGACAGCACGCAGACAUCAAAACAAACUAGCAUGGCUCCGCAACGAAGAUAGAAGACUCUCUGGGUAGUUCCUCUCCGUCACGAGGGGUUAGAUUUGCCUUCAUGUUGUCCUCGUGGUUUCGGACACUGACGGGCAUCGUGAGUCAAACACUCUCAUCGAUGCGCCGGACGAAGUUGACAGAAAAAUGCAGUCAUUGUUUUCACAGAGGGAGAAGAAGACGUCCAACUUCGUCAAGUUUGUUGUCGAUCCAGAAGCAAUUGCUACGCAGCAGUGGUUCCAGGGGACAAAAAAGCGAACUCUUUGGUGGUACUACUCGCGUGGAGCGGGUCUCUUCCUGUGUGCUGCUACUGUCCUCGUUCCUUCUGAUGACAAUUUCCCUUCCGCAUCUGCCCUUCGCACAGGACAUGUCCCACAGUUUUGACAUGAGCCACCACGUGGAGGACAACAUCAUGUCGGCGGUCAAGGAAGAAGAACCGGAGGAAAUCACGUACGAAAUCCCCGUGUUGCACCAGCUGGAGUGCUAUGCAUUGCAAAAGUAUCGUACUAGUAUGAAUUGCAUCACAAAUUUUUUCCAGAAGAAAAAUGAAACUUGUAAUGCUAUUUUUUCUAAAAAAGGGAUAUUUGUCAUCCACGAUAGCAAUUAGUACGAUACUUUUGAAGUGGAUAAGUGCAAUGCGCCGCAGCACGAAGUGUGGCAGCAGUUCAACAAGUUGCUCUACAAGGGCAACCUGAACGCCGAGACCAUUCGUGUGGCCAACGAACUAGCGACGGCCAGCUUGUCCGACCAGAUGGGCCUGUACGAAGGCGUGGACGCGUUUUUCCACGACAUCUGCGACCUGGAACUGCACCAGACGCCCACCUGCGUCUACGGAAUCUUCAAUGCGCUGGUCGUCCUCGGCCUCGCGGGAGACACUGACUACGCGAAGAACGGUCUGACACUUCUUGGCUCCCUGCAGUGCCUCGACUACGUGGAGUCGUCUACCUGGCGCUUCAAAUCGACGGACCUGCUCUCAAUCCUGCAGAAUAGCACCUCCUGGACGAUUGGCGAGCGGCACAACACAAAGGAAAGGGACCAAUUACCGGAUUUUUCGCGGAAAGACGUCAGUUCCUGGAUGCUGCACCUAGCUUCCGGCGGCGGUCCGGGGACGACCAGUGGAGGGGCGGUCAUGAUGCCGGGCGGAUUCGGAGGCCAUCGUGUUGCAACGACGUCGACCUCGUCGUCAUCAAGCAGUACAGCUAUCUUGAACGAGAACGGGAAGAUCACAAUUCAAAUUAUGUUAUUUGGCACACAUCCCACGUUGACGCUGGAGCCCUACACAAUGAUCGCCGACCACGUUUUCCCAGACGACCAGUACGAUAUCGAUUUGCAAGGCGUGUUCGGUAUCGCCUACAAGUGUCACCUGUACCCUCUGCUGUGCAACGACCAGGACCCGAUUGCGGGCAUCCUGGGUGCUUUCGACAAAGCCGACGAGAGCUACACGACGGAGUCGUCUAUCUCAACAUUGAAGCUGGUGUUCGAAUCUUUGCUCUCGGCUCACGGCGGAAGUACUGCUAGUGCGUCAACAGGAACAGCUCAGCCUUCGAGAAAACUGUUCGUCUGCACCUCGCCGUUCUUCCUCUGUGCGGUCAUUGCUUACAGCUUGGACGGCCGUUAGAAAUUAGGCAGGUUAUUUUGCGGAGAUUUUACAUUGUUGGUAGAAUUUCCCCGGCGUUGCGGGGGAAAAAUACGAGCCAGAUUUCGGGUUCAGAAUUUUGAUUGCAAUGCGGUUCCUUCUUGUGGCCCCUUCUGGUGGCCCCUUCUUAGUUGCGUCUUCCCCUGCUAGCAGUGUGGGUCCUUCUUGUGUCCGAAGGCAGAGACGAGAGUCUCUGCCUUCGGCCACAACGGACGCGACGAACUGACUUUCUGGCUUCAUAGAUUUUUGCGGAAAAUUUGCUUGGUUAUUUUAUGAAAAGCUGCUUUUUUGCGCGCCGGUUAUUUUAUAAAAAUGUGGACUGUGCCGCCGUGAUUAGAUUUUUGCGCGGAUGUUCGUUCGUAAAAUAACCAGCCGCAGGCUUGUAAAAUAACCCGUAAAAUCACCAAACGCGCAGUCAGCCCCAUUUUCGCCCUUCUGUAACAGCGUAAUCGCGAUGGUAUCGCGCGACAGAAAAACUGACAAUAUGGGGCGUUUUCAACUCUAGCCCGAUGGUGUGCGUGGUUUCCUGUCUAGUUUGCGCGUGCAGGCCCCAAAAGAUUAGCAACGCAGGUAGCUUGUCGCGGUCACUAGUCAAGGCAUGAGCGGGAUGGUUGGAAAGGGAGGCGCUGAUAGUUGACGAUGUAAAAUCUCCGUAAAAUAACCACUGUGAAUUCGAAUGGGUGUCCAAGCUCUAAGUCAUUGCGUCUUUGCUGCCAAAAGACGCACUGAGUUUCAAUUACCUCGGGUUACCGGCUCUAUGGAAGGCCCCUCACGACUUCGCGCAACAUCAAGAAGUUUUCUGGGAUUAUGGGCACAGGCUUUUCCUUCGCGAGGGGACGACGCACGUGACGAAUAACCCAAUCUUGUUCGAGCAGCUGCGGUACCAGUUUGGGAAAACGGAUACAGAAGCACUCCGCAUUCUCCGACCCCACAACCGGUACAUGAACGCGUAUUAUGUGCCGAGAAAACACCUCUACCCGCCGACGGCAGAGGAGCUGAUCGGAGGUGCAGGAGGAGGAGAUCAAGAAACGUCGUCACCAGCAACUUCGUCGCGCAGCUACGUACCAGCGGGCUUCACCGCGGCAACAGUCGAGUCUUCCUUCUCGCCGCGCAAGCUGCUCCAUUACGUGGGUGUCGUGUCUCGGACAAAGUUUCAGUGGGUGACGUUUGAGUGUCUGCUGAAGCGCAUGAUCCACUUCGGAAAGCUCCCAUUUGCGUUUGACGUGUUGAACACAGAUUCGAAGAAAACGUUUCUGGAAAUGGCGUCCUACACGGCAAUCGUGUUGAUCCCCUGGGAAGCGGCACUCAUGUCCUUCUACGAAUUCUACAGCAUGAACAUGCCCCUGUUCUUGCCGUCCAGGGAAAUGCUGUAUCGAACGGUCUACCACAGCGAAGGGAAUUUGGGCACGACAAAAGACUCAUACCAGCUGCGGUCGUCGAGACUUUUAGGGAAGAAGGAAGAACUUGUAUCGGAGCAUCCAUACCCGCCAUUCGCGUUCUCGAGUCUGGAUUCGCGAGCGUACUGGCUCGAUUACAGCGACUUCGUGCGGUGGCCGGGGUUGAAAUUCUUCUUCAACCUGCAGGAACUCUGCAAGCACCUCUUGCAGGAGGAUGUCAAUGCUAUGGCUGCGGAGAUGAAGCUCUUUAACGACAAAACUUUCGCAAGCUCAGUCGCUUUCUACAAAAACGCACUGAAAACGUUCUUCUAGGUAUACGACAUUGACGAGUUUGAAGGAGCACGGGAUGUGCCCACUGCUUCAUAGUUUAGUACCAAAUGUUCAAUCCUUGC